AUGGAAGACUGGGUGGGUCGAAGGUCGAGAAUUGCGCGUGGUGAAUUACAGAAUGGUGGCAAUGGAUAUAAUCCUACGGCGGCUAACAUGUACAAGCUGAAGUGGGACUGUAAACUCGAAAACAUAGCUUACGAAACUGCCAUAAAAUGCCCGUCGAACAGCACUUUCCAUGGAUUCGAUGAUUAUGGAGUGAACGUGUACGCCACAUGGAAUUCAAAAUUCCCGUACAAAGGCGCGAUUGAGGGCUCCUUCAAACAG